CUCUGACAUGAUUAAGACACUCAAACAUACUCAAAAAGUGAGAUAGGCAGGAAGUUUACGCAUAGUUUUAACGAAAAUCAUUUGAAGUCAGCGGGACGAUGAAGCGGACGCUCGUGUUGUUUUUCUGUGUUUUGGACUACGUAAUUUCAUGUCUAGGAUGUGCAGUGAGUAUUACAACGGGAGAACUUAUUCCGGCCGGCGGUUCUUGUUACCAAGUUGUGGCCGAGAGUCUGUCCCGUCAGGCUGCCACUGACAGGUGUACUUCCGGAGGCGGAUUUCUAGGGGUGUUACCGAAUAAUGCUUCUCUCACAGAAGUUGGAAACCGUGUGAAAGUGCUGAGUGAAUCCGGGUCAUUGAGUAGUACUGUAUUCUGGUUAGGAAUGAACGUCACCAGGGGACGCUUCUUAAAAGAAAAUGGUCAAGAGGUGAUGUGGUCCGCAGACGUUGUCCAACCCAGUGGAAGUAUCCCCCAGGGGUCGUGCGUACUUCUGUCCCUACUUUCCGGAGACCCCUCCUUGAUAUCGGCAGACUGCAACGUCAGUUAUUGGAUGUAUGGAUAUGUUUGCCAAUAUGUCAGACGACUUUUCCAGCGAUACCAGAUUUGUUGCCUUUUUGACCUUGGCAUUGAGAAUUGGCCUCGUUUUUGGAAAUUAAAAAACUACAAUGUCUUACAGUUCCACUUUGUUGUAAUCCGUGCGCACUAGUGUUUCACAAACACACCUUGUUCUUCUCAUGUAGAAGCUGUCGAAUAAAUUUUGCCUCACAAGUACAAGUCCGUUAACAAAGAAACGCAAUUCGUGCCCAUGGGAAUUCCAACAGACUGAUGGAAGACUUGAUCACCAAAGACUACGAAAAUAUUGUCAAUGAGGAGCUCCAACAGCUAUUUAAUAUCAACUUCAGAGUACUUGUGCGAAGAAUCGGGGUGGUAUUGAACAAAGUAAUUUUUUGAAUGGCUGAUCACUAGAUAUGAAUAUUUCCUUAUUCUAUUUUUGUUGAAGAAUCUUUCAACUGUCUAUGAUGUCAAAAAGUCUAGUCUUUAAUUUAUCAUGUGGAAUGGUUGUGAAAAGUCGUACGUUGUGAUAAUAAUUUAAAAGUUUUGUGAUUUCAAAUUUACUAAAAGUUUCUUGGAGUUUGUUAGAAUCCACAUUUGAACAACAUCAUACGAGUUUAUCAACAGCAAUAACGACGAGAAGAAUCCAUCCUUUCGGAAGGCUAAUGGUCGACUGGUUGAAUUUACUCUAAUCAUGGUUUUAUUACUAGAAACAAUGCAUUAAUCUCGAAUGAAAGAACAUACGAAACCACUUAAUCAUUAUAAAGGAAAUUCAAGACUUCCAGAGCUACAUGUAAAUGUAGUUUUGGUUUAUUAGAUAAAACUUAAGUAGGCAUGUAACUAAAAGUUGGAUAAAUAUCAAGUUUGUAGUAUGAAUGAGCAAGUGUAACCGAUCUCAUAAAUCUAAUAAAGAAUACAAAAUUGAGAUUUGAAAAAAUUUGACGGCUAAAUCUAAAUACAUUUCGGUGUAUCAGUUAAUUAUUUUGAGGCAAAUGUUCGCUGCUAAAAUCAUAUUAUCCAAAUUUUAUUUCUGGGCAUACUUUCAAUUAAAACCGCUUCUGAAUUAAUCAGUUAAUGUCUUUUAAUGUCCUUAGCGAAAAGUAAAUCCUGCUUCAUGUUCUAAUAGAAAAAAUGAAAUGUGUCAUGCUUUUCUUUCAAAGUAUAAGAUUUGAUAUUUAAGUUUUUCCCGUCACGAAAGAAUAUGAAAGUAACCCUGACUAGAUGAUUUUGGUAACCAACGCUUCACUGCUCAGAUUUAUAUAAAAUACAACGCCAUGUUGCAGUAAUGGCUGUUCUAUUUUCAAAACAUCCAGGAUAUAAAAGAUAAUUAAUCAAAUGUUGCUAUUCUACAUUGUCAAUUCCCCAUGUUUAUCUAGCAAUAUUCUAUAAUCACCUGCAUGUGGUGUUUAUAUAUAAGCGAAAUUAAACCGGAUGAUAUGGGGAAAUUCACCUUGCGCAUGCACGAGUGUAUGUUUAUCUGAAUCAGGAUUUUGAGAAACAAUUGGUAGAAAACGUUUAUAAGAAACUUGGAGAAUAAUAUUGAGAACUAUAUGAAAGUAUUGAAAUGAAGUUGAAGGAUAUUGUGAGACCAUUUAAAAAGUUUUAUGAGAAACUUUGAGGGCAUUUCAUUGUGAGAAUAUUCUAAAUUAAAUAGACAAUGAACAAUACCUUGUAAAGAUUGCU